AUGCCUACCUUCCUCAAAGACGUUAUCUUUCCUCCUCUAUCCCUCUCAGCAAAGACUAUAGAAACAAUAAAGUGGCUGCACGUAAAUAUAGUUUAUGAAAUAUGGUGUCUAUACACAUCGGCAAAAUGGGGCGGCAAUGCAACUAACCAUCUUAACGUGUCAACUAUCAUCGCACACCAUCUAAACAACGAACUGGCUGUCUUACAGCAAAUCUCCCGUUCUACAAAUAAAAGGCUCAAAUCGACCUUAAAUUUUCUUAAAAAAUUGUAA